AUGAUGCUUCGUCAUAAUGGCGUACCUCCAAUCCCACCACACACAAGGCUACUUGCCGACAAAGGCUUUGCCAAUGGUGCCAGUCUAUUAACACCAGUCCGUCGAAACGAAAUGCGACAGUUCCCAGCGUCAUUCAAAAACUUAUUUAACUAUCAUCUUUCACAAAAACGAAUAUUUGUCGAACAUUUAAUCAAAGAGGUGAAAAUUUUCAAAGCUGUCAAUGGAGUCUAUAGAGAUAGUCAUGCGUUGUGGGGUGGUGUAAGUCUCUGCGCAGCAUAUCUUGCAAGUAUCAGAGCCCACAUUUUUUUAUCUGAAAACUGAACGAUGCUUUUAUUCUGUAUUAACCCUUUGAGGACCGAUUUUUUUUUCCAAUCGAAAUCAACAUGUUUAAUCUUUUUAUUUUAUUUUAAUUCAAAAUGGCUACUUGAAAAUACUGUGAUAGUCAAAAAAACAGUUUUUUCCAUCU